GGGAUUGAUUAGUAGUAUUGUUAUUAUUAUUGAUUGAUUGCGUCCGGUGGGAGGGAAAUUCGCUCAUCAUUCGAUAGUGUGAGUGUGUGUGUGGCAGCUCGGCGGUUUUCCCUCGGCACAAUCCAGGGUCGCAGCAGCAGCAGCAGCAGCAGCAGCAGCAUCGGCCAACCCGACCCUCACGGGAUUCGGCACCGUCUCCCGUCCACAGUCAGUCAGGUAAGGUAAGGAAAAGCACACUCGGAUCCCGUUCAAUGAGAUGUGCUCUUCCGCCCCCCCUCCACGUAUUAUUGCUCCUGCAUGAUGAGAAUCCAUGGUUAACCACACACAACGUGCUUUGGCCGUCCACGAGCCAUGGUUCGCCGACGCUAAACUCUGCUUCGAAGGUUCGGUUGUGUUUGUGCUUGGUUUCGAAGAAUUUUCCCGAACUAGCAGGGCGGUUUGCAGCGUCGGGCUCCAGCAUGUCUGUCACCCAUUGUUGUAAGGCUGAAGGAGGGUGCGCGAUUUUGUUGACUCCGCAUAUCACUCGGGAUCAAAGGGGAGGGAAGAGAGUCUCGGUCUUCCGAUUCAGGUCUAUACGGAAACUCACCGUGAGCAGCAUGGCGACUACCGUCAAAUCAAGAAUGCUUGGACUUGAUAAUCUCCAUCGGUGCCCAUACAAACCAACGACCAGCACUAACUAUACUAUACUAUACGAUACUACUGUUCAAACCGGAAGACAUCGAUGCCAAGGGAUCUUCUGCAUGGAUGGGCACUGUUUCCCUCCUCCCCGCAAAAUCCUAAUCUGCACGGAGGAAAAGGCUCACCCAGAUUCCCACAAAGGAGAACCGGGACAAGACUCAGGUGCAGGCUGCAGCAAGAUUUUCUGAUCGAAUCGGGGUUUCCUGCAACUGCAACUGCAAGUAAGCAAAGUCAAGUCAGUCAGUAGUCACCGCAUCAGACAGGUCUCCCCCUCGUUUCACUCGGUUUCAGCGUCCGUAUCCCUGCGGUAUCAUAUCCGGCUAUAUUCUACCCCCGUGCAUAUCGCCGCAUUGGGCGGUGGGGAGUCUGCCCUUCUCCUUCCCCCUUAGAAGUUGCAUGAUCCAAAAGGGGGAAAGAGGAGCCUCGUCCAUUCCUGGGGCAGUCGCGGGUCGAUCGCUAUGAGCGUAUGAUGUCAAUCGGUCUGGGCAGAUGAGGCUGUUAGAGGCUGUUCUCG